ACCACUUCUCCUCGGCCGGGCUUCACAAAGCGAUGGGAACUUCACCAAAUGUGCUGCCAAGAGUAUAAACACACCAGCAACUAAACGCCUUUUCACGGAACCGUAAAAAUCAUACACCUUUCCCUGCAGCGGACAGGUUGUCAACUCUGGAAAACGCAGCGAUGGACUCGAGAGACACAGCCCCGGAUUCGUGGGAGCUGGAGGAGGAUGCCGAGGCCCCGGCUGCCGCGGCGGGGCUCCCGACCGCCUUCGCCGCCCUCAACGUCAACGCCAAGCCGUUUGUCCCCAACGUUAACGCCCCGGUGUUUGUGCCGAGCUUCCUUCAAGCCAGCGCUGUGGAAAUGCCUCCUUCAGACGGUGCCCCUGAUCCAGUUGCCAGCAUGGAGGUGGCAGAAACAGCCUGUGUGCAAUCUCCACUGGAGAACGGAGGCACGGAGGCAGACAUGACCACAGAGGAAGAGACGUGGGAGCAGAAGGAAGAGCCGGGGGGAGACGGAGGAGGUGGAGGACAGGAGGACCCGGGGGCUGGGGGAGCCUGUGAGGAGGGCGCCGUCAGGAAGGAGGACGAGGAGAUGAUGGAGGAGGAAGAGGAGGAGCUGCCCGUACCCAAAGUGGCCCCCGCACCACCAAACGCCCCUAAGAAAGAACACGUGAACGUUGUCUUCAUCGGUCACGUGGAUGCUGGAAAAUCGACAAUUGGAGGACAGAUCAUGUACUUAACUGGAAUGGUGGACAAGCGAACCCUGGAAAAAUAUGAAAGAGAAGCGAAAGAGAAGAACAGGGAGACAUGGUACCUGUCGUGGGCUCUGGACACGAACCAGGAGGAGAGAGACAAGGGGAAGACGGUGGAGGUGGGGAGGGCUUACUUCGAGACUGAGAAAAAACAUUUCACCAUCCUCGACGCCCCCGGACACAAGAGCUUUGUCCCCAAUAUGAUUGGUGGAGCUUCACAGGCUGACCUGGCAGUCCUGGUGAUUUCAGCAAGAAAGGGAGAGUUUGAGACGGGCUUUGAGAAGGGCGGACAGACACGGGAGCACGCCAUGCUGGCUAAAACGGCAGGAGUCAAACACCUCAUUGUCCUGAUCAACAAGAUGGAUGACCCCACUGUCAACUGGAGCCUAGAGAGGUAUGAGGAGUGUAAGGAGAAGCUGGUGCCAUUUCUAAAGAAGGUGGGCUUCAACCCCAAGAAAGACAUCCACUUUAUGCCUUGCUCUGGACUCACAGGUGCCAAUCUCAAGGACCCCGUGACUGAAUGCCCAUGGUACACUUUGUCUUUUUCUGUCUUCACCAGGGCUUUGCCAUUUAUCGCCCACUUGGACAGUUUGCCAAAUUUUACCAGAUCCAAUGACGGACCAGUCAGACUACCUAUAGUAGACAAAUACAAGGACAUGGGCACAGUCAUCCUCGGGAAACUGGAGUCCGGAUCCAUCAGUAAAGCUCAGCAGCUGAUCAUGAUGCCAAACAGGCACACAGUGGAGGUAUUGAGUCUGCUGAGCGAUGACGUGGAGACAGAUGAUGCGACCCCAGGGGAGAAUCUGAAGUUGAGGCUGAAGGGCAUUGAGGAGGAGGAGAUCCUACCUGGGUUCAUCCUCUGUAGCCCUGACAACCUGUGCCACUCCGGCCGCACCUUUGACGCACAGAUCGUUAUCAUCGAGCACAAAUCAAUCAUUUGUCCUGGUUACAACGCGGUCCUUCACAUCCACACCUGCAUCGAAGAAGUGCAGAUCACAGCCUUAAUCUGUCUGGUGGACAAGAAGACGGGCGAGAAAAGCAAAACACGACCACGCUUUGUUAAGCAGGACCAGGUGUGUAUCGCCAGGCUCCGGGCAGCAGGAGUCAUCUGCUUAGAGACCUUCAAAGACUUCCCUCAGAUGGGACGAUUCACACUGCGGGAUGAAGGCAAAACCAUCGCCAUCGGCAAAGUGCUGAAGCUGGUGCCAGAAAAGGACUAAAUACUAAAGUGGCAGCCUGCAUGGAGUCGAUCAAUUCGUUACCAGAGGAGAAACGCUGCUAGAGCCGACCCAAACAGCUGCUCUCUCUUUUACACACAACUAUGCUGAAAGAGAAGAACAACGACAACAAGGAGCGAAGAGGGAGAAAUAAACUGCAUCAAAUGAAUGAAGAAAACGAGACUGAAUCAGUUUUUUUAGACGAACAAUAUGAAACGAGAGACCAAGUCCAGUGUGUCAGCUUUCUCAUAUUGAGAGCUCAGCUAUGCCACUAAUGUAGCUACAUGUCCCCCCCUUGUGUACUCACACGGCUGACGGCGCUGUCGGCCGGCCACGCCAUUUGUUUUUAGAAUGGAGAUGCAGUGUUACUGAGCUUGGGGAAGAAAAAUGAAAAUUAAAAAAAAAUAAAACACUACAGAAUGAUUUCAUAUCCUGCAAAAACAAACCAGCGUUAGCCUGUAAUUAUAAUUUGCAAAGAACAUCUCCCUUUUUAAGAGUGGGAUUAAGAAUCCGACGGACGUUUUAUUUGAUUUUAAGGAUUGCUGUACCAAAUUUUUUUUGGUUUGGUCUCUCUCCACAUGAGAUGGUUUGAUUGGAUUGAGCUCACAUACUACUCUGAUGAACCAAGGAUAAACACACACGCUCACACAGACAGACACACACAGCUGUUACAUAAUCUAAACUGAAAAUAAAUGAUCAAGUUGCAA